GACGGCGAGCAGUAUGGCGACAUGUCGCUUUGUGCGUAAACAGUGAGUGUAGGCACUUGUCUCAUCGUGGCGGGAUAAAUAUUGUCUGACUGGCCAAAGUGUGCUUCUAUACAUCGUUCAGGAUCGUACCGCUUACAGGACGUCUCAUUUAAAGAGCAGAAACACUGAUAUUUCUUCGCAGCGAGCAUUUGACAGAUUAUCACCUUUGCUUGCCUUUUACAGUUAUGUGUUAGCUUAUCAAUGAGAAAGGGCAGAGCUUUGUGACUCGUGGAAACGGCGUGAAUAUUCUGUUGCGACUGAGAGGAGACGAAAUGAGCGGGUCUGCAGUGCCCUGGCGUGGAAAAUUCCGACUGAUACUGUGUUAGCUGAACCGUAGCAAGAAGAUUUGGAUUAUGUGGAGUGUUAAGACCAGCAAGACGAAGAAUUCUCAAGGAUGAGCCGUGGGUACUACGUACCCUGUGCGCCGUUCCUCUACUUGGUUCCGGACAGCGGGGGCAUGGACUGCAUGCCGCUCCAGCCGGCGCAUGCGCACCAACCGCAUCGGCCGCCGGGGCCAUUCCAGUACCUCAUGCACGAGCAGGCCAAGUCGCUCGUCGCACUACAGGAGCUGCAGAAUGAGGUGGGCGCGCUGCUGGAGUUCCGGGACCUGGUCAUGGAGACGUUCCCGCACCUGCGGCAGAAGCUGGCGGCCAGUGAGCGCGGCGGCUCCUCGUCGUCGUGCUGCACCAGCACCGCCUCCUCCACGGCGGCCACGCUGCCGCCGGCGCACCUCCACCAGCUGCACCACGCCGCCGCCUCCGCCUCCAACGCCGCCUCCGCCAGCCCCUCCGGCGCCGCCUCCCGGCAUCGCCCGCCGGCUGCAGACUGGGAACCGGGCGUGCGCGUGCGUCGCAAGCUGCUGCACGGCGCCGCGCACCACAAGGAGAUCACAGGAGGCAGCGACGGAGCGUCGAGCGGCGCGACGCAUCGGAAGCAGCCCAAGAGCGGCGACGGCAGCGGCACGAGCAGUGCGGGCAGCAGCGCCGUACAGGACUCUGGCUUCGGCACCGAGACCACCUCCAGCAAGGCCGCCUCCGCAACCACCGUGCUCCCUCCCGCUCACCACCACCAGGCCAGCUCGUCGUCGGUGGUGGUGGACGAGGCGGAGGACGAGCUGUGGAACCUGCUGGACGUGAUCCAGCGCAAGGGCACGCGCCUGCGCGACGAGGUGGCGCAGCUGCAGCAGCGCCUCGCGGGCUCCGCCGCCCCCGCGCCUUCUGCCCCCGCGCCUUCUGCCCCCGCCCACGCCGCCGCCGCCGAGCAGCAGGAGCGGCCGCCCCCGCCACCGACCCCUCGCCCGCGGAGGCCGCUGGGCGCUCUGGACGCCGUGCUCAGCGCGCCCGCGACGCUGCCCAGGGCGCGCCCCGACCCGCGCAAGGUGGCCGCCAUCCUGCGAGAGCUGGACCCCGUGGAGCUGCAGAGGCACCUGCUGACCACCACCGCACACAACCAGGCUUUGCAGAAUCGACUUGAGAAGACAGCAAAGCUGCACACUAGUCUCCUGGAGCAGCUGGAUAAAGUGAAAGAUGAAAAUGAUGAUCUACGAUUUCAGCUUGCAGAAAAGAGUAUAGAGCUGGAGGGAACCAAGGCACGCAUGCGAGUAUUACAGCAACGGCAAGGCAAGGCAGCUGAAACGAACACUGCAGCAGUGUCAACAGAAACAGAUGAUGAGCAGCCUCCUCUACUUCCCCCAGAGGAAACGUGCAAUCCAAUCCUGCCUCUACUAGCAUUGCCAGUAGCUGGUUCAGAUGACCACAACCACCAGCACCACAGCAGUAGUACUGAGUCAGCACACGAUCACACUGAACAGCGCCGUGUGCAAUCAUCUAAUUCUCCCCGUCGCAGGCCUAGCAAGAUACCUUUACUGGGAACUAAAUCGUACUGUGCACCCAGACCGCCAUCUGGGAAGACAGGUGCUAUCACGGCAGCACAUUGUAAUAAGAGCAGAGAUUCUCUGUCAGCUAAAUCUGGCCGGGAAAGUUCAUGGAAAAGCAAGGCUGAUGGUGCCUCUCUGAGUGGAAGCAAGAGCAGAGAACCUAUUUCUGUGGUUAGGAACUCUUCUCUUUCAGCGAGAAACAAUAGUAGAGAAUCACUAAAUGGUAGUAAAUCUAGAGAUUCCAUUCUGAGCAAAUCUCGUAGUGACUCAGUAAAUGGGCGAAAAGUAUCAGCUGUGGAAGUGACAAUGGUUUCUACUAGGUCGAGGGAUGGUCAUAGUCAAAAUAGUUUCUCAUCAAAUGCAUCGAAUACUAAUAAGCGAGAUUCUCUUUCUGGAAAAAGCAGAGAAGCUUCUUUCUCAUCAUCCAGUGGGUGGAAAGGAAGUCAGCAUCCAGUGAGGAGGGCCAGUAGUGCAAGCAUCACAAGAGGCAACGUGAUUGAUCAAGCUGAUCGUAACUCUAAGGUACGACCGACUAAGCUUUCGUUUUGGAGCAACUGGUUGAAAAUUCUUGACAAUGGUCCUUCUGUUUUAACCGCAUCUGAUAGUCUAGAGCCAAAACAGUGUUCUUCCGCAACAGGAGAGACACAUGGCAGUCACCAUGAUGAUCAUCAUGAUGCAGAUUCAUUUUCGGAUUCCCUCAACCAUUUUCCUGACCAAGAAGUGGAACUUUCACCAAAAACAAGUGAUGAGAUUGAUUUCAAAAGUUUGACAUCUCAACUUAACUUACAAAGCCAAGAUGUAAACAGUGACAGUAACAUUAUUGCUGAUGGCAACUCCUCCUCAUCUGAAUUUUUUGACAGUAUCAAUGACUCUGAAAGUGUAUUGAAUAAUGAAAUUGUAUCUAGCAAAAAUGUACACAUCCAAGACCACCACCUGCAUACUUCAUCACGAUGUGAAGGAUUGACAGAGUGUGAUUCAUUGGAGAACAGGGCACCUGAAAUGAUGAUAGAAGCAUUUCAUACACCAACAAAAUUUUUGUCAAAAGUAAUAUCUACGCGAAACUUUUGUAUCGCACCAGGAGGUCAACAUACUGAAUACUGAAAUUAAUUUGAAUUGUUUUCCUUUCUAAUCUUCUAAUGGUGGACACUUUCAUUCUAUUUACAACCAUGAACUACUGUGUGAAAAGACAUUAACAGUUAAUGUGCAGGAUAUGUCUAUUGCAAAUGAAAUUUUAACCACAGAUUAGUAGGAAUAUGGUGGUUAAGAAUACUGUUUGCAUGAUAGAAUGUUGAAAGUAUGUGGGGAUGCCAUCUCUAAUUAGUACUGCUUAUGGUUACUGAUGUAAAAUUUUCUAAAAAUACAUCUGUUGUAUUUGUGUAAUGGAUGUUCUGAAUUGGAUGUUAGUAAUUUGG